CUGAUUGGCGGGUGGGAGGCAAAGCGCGAGCGCGGGGCGGGGAUUGGCCUCCCUCGUGCACCCGGGCACGCCCCUUGCCCCUGACCUUCCCCUGAACCCGCCGUUAGAAACGUGCCGGGCGCCGACCAGGGCCGAGCGGUGGGAGACUGGGAAUCGGUUCCGGCGGAGAUCGGGGCGGUUUGAACGGCGGUUGUAAGUGCGUCAUUCCCUCCGGCAAGAUGGCGGCGCCGAGCGGCCACGACAAAAUGGCGACGGAGGAGUACAUGCAGGUGGUGGUCGGCGGGGAGUUGGAGCCCGGGCAGCAAGUGGUGGUCCUGCAGGACUCGGCGGCCGGGGAGGAGAUGAGGGCGACGUCUAUCAGCUCGGAGCUGCUGCAGUCCAUCGCCCACACCGACACCGUCUACUACGUGCAGCCGGACGGCAGCCUGGUGGCCGGGGGGACCCUGGCCGAGGUGACCGGGGGAGGAGGAGGGGCCGCCACCGUCCGGGCCCCUGUCAUGCUGGACGCCGCCCUGCAGCUGAAGAACGUCGCAGACCAUGUGGCCCUCAAGCAAGGGGCCCCCAGCCAGAUGGCCAGGAUCCUCAGCCAAAAGCAGAUGAAAUCCAUCUGUGUCCAGGUGCAAGGCAUGAAGUCUAAGGAGAGCAGCGAACCGGUGAUCGCCAAAGAAAACCCCCCUCUCCCCGUGAACACGAAGUCUGACAACGCCAGCGUUGUCCCCACCCAGGUUGUACAGGCGAAGACUGCCCCUCCUCAGCCACCGCAGCCCCUUGUCGUCAAGGCCGCGCAGCCUCCCGUUCAAGUUCUGAUGCAGAAAACCGCGACUCGGCCGGCCAAGGUGAACACGCCGGACCCCGACGGCAACGAGGGGGAGGAUUCCACAGAGGAGCAUGGGUGUUGCGUAGCUCACCAUAGGUAUGGCAGCUAUGCGCCGGGCACCAAAAAGAAGGGCCAGAAGCGCAAAAAGCCCAUUAAGAUCAAAACCCGUUCGGGUCGCAUCUCCCGUCCUCCCAAACACAAGUCCAAAGACUACAAAUUCCUUAAAGUGGGAGAUUCAAUUCAGGACAGCUCGGUGGAUUCCGAUGACUAUUCGGAGCUGAGCUCGGAGGAUGAAGACGAUGGCGGCAAAGAGAGAGUCUAUAGAGACAGGCAGCAGCCGUACGCCGUUAAAAACUCCUUGUUCCAGUGUCAGAAAUGUGAGAAGUCCUACAUGGGCAAAGGAGGACUGUUCCGCCACUACAGACUCUACCCCGCCCAUGGGCAGAUGGACCCGUCAUUUCUUCUGGAGGCCAAAAUAGGUGGAGAUGGCGGCGGCACAGGGGAACAGAAGAAGCCCGUCCCAAGGCCUCGAAAGAGAUUGUUGGAAGAUCCUGCAAACCCCGGCGUGUCCACCAAGGAGACCUUGGCUAGAGAUGGUUUGGAGAUUGUAAAAGUAACAACCUCGUGCCGAGGCCGUCGGCAGUUGGCCGGCAGAAGGUUUGGACGCCCUCGUAAAAUAUUACGUAAUGGGACAGUAGAAGAACAUUCAACGACCGUAAAAGAACUGAUCCAGCAGUGUGAAGAGAAGGAUUUAAAAGAACAAGUGGCGCCAAGUUUUACCAAGCUGCUGUCCGUCUAUGACUUUCUGCUUCUGAAGGUGAAAGAAGAGCACGUGGACAACAAGCCCUUGUUUCCUUAUGUUUACAGGGAGUUUGAAAAGCUGCAUUCCAUGGUGAAGAACUUGGCUGAGGAUUAUGUCAUUAACAUGGAUCAGAAUGUUGAAAAACCUCUUGAAGUAACUGAUAGCAAGGUGGCAGAAUCGCUGGGCAUUUCCAAAGUGAUGACGGUGAAAGCGCCCUCCUCCUCAUCCUCUUUUUCAGUUACUGUUGAGCAGGAGACACGGCUUGAGGAAAAUAAGCACGAGUCUUCAGAUGAAGAGGCUGCCGCGCCUCCACCAAAACGAAUGAAAAUCCAUGAUGACAGCCAGGAUGUGGCAGAAGACAUGACUGUAGGAAUUGAUGCAGCGCACUGUGGAGGUCUGGGAUACUAUGGUAGCAAUCAAGUGAUGCUCCAUUCAGAAACCGACCCUGGUACUGUCACUGAUAUUGACGCAGUGAAACAAGCGACGGCACAGAACGAUUUUCUGGUGGAAGGCACCGAGAGUCUGCAAACGCAGGCGGACACCGAGACGGAUGAUUUGCAGGAACCCCUGCCCUCUCCAGAAAGCGCAGAUUUUUCCCAGUCGCAGGACCAUCCUCUUAACCUUUCCUGUCAAGUUACAGAGGAGAUUCUGCGUCUGCAAACUCACGUCAUCCAAAACUUCACGCAGGAGAUGGCUGAAGCAGAACCUCCUGCAGAUCUUCCUCCAGGUUUUGACCCUCAGACUGAAGCAGAGCCUUCUGCAGAGCUUCCUCCAGGUUGUGACCCCCAUCCUGAAGCAGAACCUUCUGCAGAUCUUCCUCCAGGUUGUGACCCCCAGAUGGAAGCAGAACCUUCUGCAGAUCUUCCUCCAGGUUGUGACCCCCAGCUCGAAGUAGAACCUUCUGCAGAUCUUCCUCCAGGUUGUGACCCCCAGCCUGAAGCAGAACCUUCUGCAGAUCUUCCUCCAGGUUGUGACCCCCAGCUUGAAGUAGAACCUUCUGCAGAUCUUCCUCCAGGUUGUGACCCCCAGCCUGAAGCAGAACCUUCUGCAGAGCUUCCUCCAUGUUAUGACCCCCAGACUGAAGCAGAACCUUCUGCAGAGCUUCCUCCAGGUUGUGACCCCCAGACUGAUUCAGUUGACCCUGAAAUACCUUGUGAUGGCAGUCUGUUUUCUGUUGAAGAUUCACAGGUGGAGGAUCACACAAGAACUUUCGGUACUUCUGUUCCAACAACCCUAGCGGAGGCAAUGUGCAGCGAAGCCCCCCAGAUGUCCUUUGUGGAGGUAGGAGGAACUUUGAUCCCUACCACCAGCACUUUCACCAUGGGAAGUUUGGACUUGAGUGGGAUCUCUUCAGCCUUUAGCUUAAGUCAUGGACAGGAACUUGUGUACAUUCAAAGUACAGAAGAGUCCACCACAGAAGAGGAGGUUGUGAUAUUUGACAACACGGGAGCCACAGAAACGCACUCGGGCACAGUGGUGGCUUUGGUGGAGAUGUAGUUCAAUGUCUAUGUUCAGCAUACUGAAGUAAUCAGUAAUGAUAUGAGAUGCCUCCAGCUCUUAAGGCGUGACAAUGACGGGGUGGAGUUUUGUUGGCCCUCACCUGCAGGAGGCUUGUCCAAGGCUUAAAAGUUUUAUGGAACUUUUAAACCUAUAACCUUGUUCAUAACUUGAUGGGCACCCCAAGCAACAGGUGCCUGUGCAUUAUUUUUUUUUCCUCUCUCCAAAGCACCCCAGGAACCUUUGAACAAGGGGGGGGGGCUCCAAUGCUUUAAAGUGAAAGACGCAGCGGACCAGCUCCAUAAAUUCAACACCCCAUUCGCAAAACUAAACAAGUGCCUAGUCUACGCUUUACGCAUGAUUACAAUAAAACAUUAUUUCCUUA